AUGGCGGCGAUCGCUACCCGCCUGCACCACUCCCCGCCUGCCCUCCGACGCGGCGGACCUCCGUCGAACCCCUUCCUCCGCUUCGCCUCCUCGCCGCGGAUCGUCAUCCGGUCCCGGGCCGCGGCGACCCCUCCGCUGGGUCCAGUCUCUGCGCGCGGCGACGAAGACGAGGACGAAGCACUCCCCUACCCGGAGCCCCGUAGGAGCCCGCUCAGCCUCUCUCCUCUGCUCGUCGCCGCGGCGGCGGUGGCAGCAACCCCGCAGGCAGCUCUCGCCCUAUCCGGCGGCUCCUGCGGCGGUUCCGACUCCUCCUCCUCCUCUUCUUCCUCUAGCGACGACUCCUCCACAGAUUCCAUAGAUUGGUCUUCAUCCUCGUGGUCCUCUAACCAGAAGAAGAAGAAGAAGGAGGGGCUGGAGGCCACUCACGAGUCGGUCGGCACAGCGGUGGCUCCUCCGAAGCCCCCGAGCGACAUGUGGGUGUGGGGCGGCUUCGCCCUGGCGUUCGCCAUGAUAGUCGUCGCCGCGACGAACGGCUCGGAUGAGCGGACCUCUGUGGUUAAGUUGCAGGUCGCGCUGCGUGGUAGGGAGAUGGUAAAACCAGUCCAGAAGGAUCUUAAUGCGAUUGCUGAGAGGGUGCAGGCUUCGAACCGCCAAUGGUACAAGUUCAUAUUGACUGAGACCCUGGAUACCUUGCGCCGUCACCAGUCUUUCUGCAUCUCUUCAUGCUUAUCAGUAUUAGAUACUUUUAUACAUGCGCUGCUGCUUCUUGUUGUGAAGACGCUUUUGAUGUCAUAUAUGCACGGGAGCAGAGUUGUCAGGAAAAACGGAUGGGAGGACGAAGAUGAUUCUUGGAAGGCACAUUUUGACAGAGUUUCUGCCCAGGAGAGAAGAAAAUUUGAUGAAGAAACGCUUUGGAACUGGAAUGGGGUCAAGCAAAAGAAAACCUACUCCAUGAAAACAGAUGGCAGCAAAAAUGAAUAUGUAGUGGUUACCAUUCUUGUUGCUGCUGAGGGAACAAUGGAGCUCCCUGAGGCGAUCAGAAGCGCCGCAGAUCUGGACGCAGUAGCAGCAAGGCUCAACUCCACGCCUGAAAGUGAACUUCGGGGUGUUCGAGUCCUGUGGACGCCUCAAGAUGCGGAUGACGUUCUCUCGGAGGAGAGGAUGCGUAAGGAUUAUCCGAACCUGAAACCCCUUGCGCGAUGA